GCGGAUAGAGCUGGCAGGCGAGCGGCUGGGUCGCCUGGGCUCCGCUUUUGCUCGCCAUGGGAUCCUUCCAGCGCCGCUUCCAGGCUUUCUUGGAGCAGCCGGGCUGGCUGAGCGAUCUGCUCGGCGGCUUGGAAGCCCAGACCGGCGUCAAGCGGUAUUACCUGGCCACAGGUUCCAUCGCUUCCCUGGUGCUCUACCUGAUGUUCGGAUAUGGCGCCUCCCUGCUUUGUAAUCUCAUCGGCUUCGUCUACCCAGCUUAUGCCUCCAUCAAAGCCAUCGAGAGCUCUACCAAAGACGACGACACCACCUGGUUAACCUACUGGGUCGUCUACGGCCUCUUCAGCGUCGCUGAGUUCUUCUCCGACACGUUUCUCUACUGGUUCCCCUUCUACUACGCCGGCAAGUGUGUCUUCUUGGUGUGGUGCAUGGCUCCCGUCUCGUGGAACGGCUCCCAGCUGCUCUACCACAGCUUCAUCCGCCCGUGGUUCCUCAGGCACCACCAGACCGUGGACAGCGUCCUGAGCGACCUGGGCGGCCGGGCCGCUGACAUCGCUUCGGCAGCGUCCAGGGAAGCAACCGCAGAAGCCACGAAACGAUCCCUACGGACCGAGAACUGAACGACCACCGUUUUAACUCCCGAGAGAAAAUAAAUAAAAAGAGAACCCGGAUUCUGGAAUAUUA